AUGUUUCCGCCUCGACGUUUAUUGAGAGGGUUGAUUUACGUCUCUAUUCUUGCAUUUUUUGUUCUGUUCGCCUUGCUCAUGGCGAACCGAAGAAGAAUUAUACAUCUAGAUGAAUUUCUUCCCUCCAAGAUCAUGCCUCUGUACUUUCAGCCAGGCUCGGACUCUUAUGUUGUGGAUAUUGCUGUAGGUGACUGCAACAUUCUAUCGAAAAAUUCAGCAAAGUGCGGUGUACCUAGAGCUUCUGAUGGGCUAUAUGGAGAUGUUGGUACCAACGGAGGCUGGGUACGUGUGGAGAAAGACUUGCUUCUUGGAAAACAUUGGACCUCAAAACGAUACCUAAGUGUGAAGAGAAUUUCUUCGGAAUAUUACGAAAGAAACAGGGGUGACGUUAUCCUAGAUAUUGCCGUAGGUGAUCCCGAGGAAGACUGCGCAAUCAGAGGCAACAAAAAAUGCAUUCCCAAAUCCAUUAUGACGGAAAUCAACAUGAAGCACAUUUUUAAUGAGGAGGACCUAGCCAACUUGAGAGACUUGAACAAGGACGAAAAACCAAAUCUACAAACGGAUAAAUCCAAGUCGGCGUUAGAAUACAACAAGGACUACGAACAGAGAAAAAAUGAGAAAUACAAGGCCUUGGCAGAUGUCCAAAGCACUGACAGUGAAAAAUCCGAAGUAUCUGAUGACAAAAAGACAUCAGCAGCUUCUACGAAUGACAAGGAUGCGUCUGACCAGAGCAAGGAGGACUCAAGUGACCUGAGUUCCGAAGAGAAAGAAACAAUUGAAGAUACAGAUAGUAUUGAUGGAUUGGACAAGCGCUAUGUAGAAAAAUCUCAUCACAAUCUCAAAAAUUAUAUGAGAAUACCUUCCGACCAAGAGAUUGCAGACUCGAAGUGGAAGAAAAAGUCGAACAACAUCUGGGUGAAACUUGGUCAAGCAACUGACGAUGCCGUUUCAGGGGUUGAUAUUCUUUUUGGCGAGGAUGCUGUUGACCCCAGGCCAAAUUGGGAUCUAGCGAGGACUCCCUUGAAAAAGCUAGCUUACUCGUCAUCCCUUCAACCCAGACUAUCUAUCCGAAAAGGAGAAAAGGUCGAUUACAAGAGUCUGAAUUAUCUGCCUAAGAUCCAAUUCAAUGCCGAAGGAAAAUUCAAAGUAUUACAGGUCGCGGAUCUUCACUUCAGCACCGGCGUGGGUGUUUGCAGAGACCCUGUCCCCGAAGAAAGCGCCAAAGGAUGCGAAGCUGAUCCUCGCACAAUCAGCUUUUUGAAUCGAGUCUUGGAUAUAGAGAAACCUGAUUUUGUUGUAUUGACUGGAGAUCAAGUGUUUGGGGAUGAAGCCCCCGACCCAGAAACUGCACUACUCAAAGCCGUGAACCCAUUUAUCAAGCGCCAAAUCCCAUUUGCGAUCACUUUGGGUAAUCACGAUGAUGAGAGCAUUCUUUCUAGAGAGCAAAUGAUGAAUCUCGCCUCUUCGCUUCCCUAUCUGUUAGCAACAGUUGGCCCCGAAAUUGUUGAUGGUUUUGGCAACUACCAGGUUACCAUAAACAAAAAUGGGAGCAAAAAGAUGGGAGCAGUACUAUAUUUUCUUGACAGCCAUAGUCGCUCCAAACAGCCCAAGUCCAACCCAGGUUACGACUGGUUUAAGGAAUCUCAAGUCGACUGGCUUCAAAUGCAAGCGAUGGCAAAGAAGGACGCCGUGCGAGGAAACUCGUUCUUGAGUAUGGCUUUCUUUCAUAUUCCUCUCCCGGAAUAUCGCAAUCUAGACCAACCUCGUGUGGGCCAGCAUAAGGAAGGCAUCACUGCACCUAAAUAUCAAACCAAAAUGAGGGAAGCUCUUGGAGUGGCCGGUGUGCAAGUUGUAUCUUGUGGACAUGAUCAUGCGAACGAUUUUUGCUUGGUUGAUACACAGAAUCAAGACUCAGACGCACAAAACCUGAUGUGGCUAUGCUACGGCGGUGGUGCUGGAGAAGGUGGUUACGGUGGCUACGGAGGCUAUAUUAGAAGAGUCAGAGUGUUUGAAUUAAAUUCCAAUGAGAAAACCAUUGAGACCUGGAAAAGGGCAGAGAACAACCCAGACGAAAAAUUUGAUCAGCAACUAGUUGUCGAGCAGGGCAGCGUAGUUACAUCUGUUUAA